AUGGCUCGCAAAAACAACGGCUACCAAACCCUCGCCGACGCCGCUGACCCCGUCCAGUCAACCGCUGAUCAGCUCCCACCUGCCCCCGCACAACUUACAAAGAGCUCAAGUCAGAACAGCAUCACAAACACCCAUUCUGCUGGAAUUACCUCCGGAAGUGCUGGUGUCCCCCCAAAGAUCAUCAACCCAACCAAGCAGGCAUUCACCCAAUCCCACCAGCUCCAGUCACCCAUUCACUCCCAGAUCCCUGGCUCAGCUAACUUCACCGCCAAAACAAACACUGCCGCUGCCGCCGCUGGCUCUGGAAGCAGUUCAGGUGCUGGUACGAGUGCCGCGGGUGCUACUGGACGACCCACUGCUCUUACGACCGCCCACAAUCUGCCUACUGCUGGAAACGUCGCUGGAGGAGCAUCGAAUGCCGCCAUCAAUCAGCGUGGAAAGGUCAAACAGCCUAUGAGAACCACCAAAACAAGUCAGAAGUUGACUCUAUUCCCAGAAGAGAAGGAUGUGCCCAUUUUGGAGGACGAUUAUGUCUUUGAUGACACUACUUACAACCAGAUCGGACAGUUGUCUUCUAGCAUUGCAAGAAAUGAUGCCCAUCGUAUGAGUAAACUCGACAGACAGCAACUGCCUCGAGUGAUUGCGUACUGCACAGCUUCGUCUUACCGCAUGGACGAUCUCUUCAACUACCUCCAGUCCAGAAAGUUGACAAAUGGAGCGGCCCCCAAACGCUUUGAUGAAUGUAUCUAUACUCCUUUCUCGUACACAGUGACCUCAAAACCCCCCUCAACGGCCGAUCUCUUGGGUUUGGAUGAGUUGGCAACAAAUGGAUCAGGACUGCAGCAGCACCAAUCGAAAGACUCAAUUCCAGAGGUUCUCUACUUUGACUAUGGUGUUGUUGUGAUUUGGGGAAUGUCAGAACAGGAGGAAGUACGACUUUUGCAGGAGUUGGCCAGAUUCGAAGAGGAAAAACUUGACGAGGAGGAUGUUGAGACCGAAGAGUUUUCUUACCACUACAAUUCGCAAUACCAGCCAAGGAUUUAUAACGAUGUUAUCACGCUGAAGAGUGCCGGAAACUACAUGGUCAAGCUUACCAUUUCUCACGCCAUUGCUCAGUCUGUCAAGAUGACGCUCUUUGAGGGAUUGAUUGAGAAUACCAUUAAUGCCACCAAGAACAUCCCUCAGACCAUGGCCGAGACGGGCAAGGUGCCCAUGUCCAGAACUGCGAUUACGAAAAAGAUUGGACAGCUCUUUAUCAUGCGAAUCAACGUCAACUUGGUCAGCAAUAUCUUGGACACUCCGGAGAUUUUCUGGUCAGAACCCUCGUUCCAGCCAUUGUACUCGGCCAUCAGAGGUUAUCUGGAGAUUGGACAGCGUGUUGAGCUUUUGAACCAGCGCACGUCUGUGAUUAGUGACUUGCUGGAUAUGCUGAAGGAGCACUUGACGUCGUCGCACGGUGAGCAGCUGGAGUGGAUUGUUAUUGUCCUCAUUUUCUUUGAGAUUGUCAUUGGAGUGAUCACUAUCUGCCUGGAUGCCUUCAGCUACAGCCGUGGCGGUGGACACUAG